CUAAAUACAAGUCUAUUCCUUUCGUGUCACCAAUUGAAAGGGAGAUACACCUGUGCUUUUGCAGAUAUACCAGUUUUGUGGCUGUCUUACACAUAGUGACAGGUUUUACAAGCAAUGAAUCCAGUCACAUGUUCAUUAUUUUCAUUUGUUAUAAUUCCAAAAGAAUUCUACAUGUCUGAUUUACCUGUCAAACUAUUAUCCACUACAUGAUAUAAACCCUGUGCUAUCUUUUGUUUCACCUAGUCCGCAGGCAUUUUUAUUGUCACCGAGCAGACGUGAUAAAAGGAUCUUGUGACGUAUCAAGCAAGCGGCAAUACAAACCGAGAACACUGCUUAGUCAGCUGACUCCUCCCUAAUCGCCUCCUGCUUUAGUGCAGGAAAUACCAGUGUAGUGUUAUAAAGUGGUACAUCAUCACAAUGUGGUACGCGUACCAAAACUUGACCCAUGUAAUGUUAGAAACUGGUACACUGUCAGAUUUUGGUACAGGUGCAAUCAAUUGAGAUGUGAUGUGUUUUCUUAUUGUCAAACAGAGGUACAUUUACCAUUAAUUAUACAUUAUUUCUUUGCAAACCAUUAAUUAUACAUUAUUUUUUUUUUGCAAACUUAAACUGGAAACAGACAAUCGGUUUGACGAACAAGACAAAAUGAGAAGUCCACCGCAAAGCUGCAGAAGUGAAAAAAUGCACAAGACCCAAUGUAUUGCAUAUGAUAAAUAUUCACAUACUAUUUUUUAAUGGUGGAAAAAUCUGAUAAAUUAAUUUUAAGAAGAUGAAAAAGACUGAAAACAGCAUAAUGUACCAGAUUUGAAUGGACACUAACGUGCUUUCUAAGCGUAAGUUGUUUAAGCAUGCGCGAGCAAGCGCAUUGCGCUGUGUACCACUUUUUAUCCGCGUACCUGAAAAUAACACUACACAGGUACAUUUACCUUCUAGUAUGUUAUUUGGGAAAAGGUUUAUUCUUUGACCCGAACUGCAAACCGCGAAAAAGUUCACGUUGCAAUCCGACCCGCUUCUGCGGGUCACCUGCGGGUACCCGGCCCGAUGUUUGUUAUUCUGCUGUUCUUAAUUUACACUAAUGAAGGGUAUGCAAAUAUUUCAAAUGCAACACUACAUAUAAACUGCUGCUGGCACUCUGAUUAACUCAAAUGUGGAAAAUACCAGUAGUAUGAACAUUGCUAUUGUAGAACUCUUGACUCUUAAAUAAUGUUCAGUUUGUGUUGCACUAUAUCGUUUCUUAACAACCUACGUUUUUAAAAUAAUUUUACAAUCCUUCCACAAAUCAGAAUCAGCUGUUUUUCUGAUUAUGCAGUAACCCAAGCGGUAAGCAAAUUAAUUUCAGCGUCAAACCGGCCAGUAUCCCACAGUAUGUAAAUUCUACUAUAGAAAAGCACAUGCAUGCACACGGUCAGUGUGUAUAAUCUAUACUCUGAGGAACACCAGUCAUGGCCUUUUCUUCUGUUCUCUUAUUCACACACUUGUGUGUUGUGACCUUGGCUUACUCUGAACCCAGCUGCACAGAAACGCCCGGAUCCCAGUUUGAGUUCCAGCAGGACGGUGAUUAUUUGAUUGCUGGAUUAUUCCCCGUUCAUGAAUCACUUGGUAUAACCAGACCAGUACCUGAACUGCAGGACUGCAAUACUGAAAUUUUCAACAAACAUGGUUAUCAUUUGAUGCAAGCCAUGCGAUUUGCCUUGGAAGAAAUAAACAGUGCCACCAGUGCUCUGCUGCCCGGUGUUAAAUUGGGAUACGAAGCAUACGAUAUCUGUUCGGAGUCGGCUAAUAUUCUAGCAACAUUCAACAUCGUGUCCAAGCAGAACGUUGAGCACCAAAAUGAACAGCUAACAACAGAGAAGCACUACGACCCCAAAACUAUAGCUGUGAUCGGGCCAGACAGCAGCACCUAUGCUUUCACCACAGCGAGCGUAAUGGGAUAUUACCUGAUGCCACAGAUCAGCUAUGAGUCUUCCAAUGAGUUGCUGAGCAACAAACGAUUAUACCCGUCUUUCUUCCGCACUAUCCCCACCGAUAGGUAUCAGGUGAAGGCGAUGCUUCAGCUACUGUCAGAGUUUCAUUGGACCUGGAUUGCCAUCCUUGGAAGUGAUGAGGACUAUGGGACACAGGGGAUGCAGAGUCUAUCUGAACUUGCCUUGAAAUAUGGGAUCUGCGUAGCUUACCAAGCCACCAUACCCUCUUACAGCGAAGACACAAGGGCUCAAAUGCUACAAGUGAUUAAAGGCAUUGUCCAAACCAACGUGAACGUGGUGGUAGUUUUUUCUAACAAUCGCAAAGCCAGCGGGUUCUUCUCACUGGUCAUCGAGCAGAACAUCACCGACAAAGUGUGGAUUGGUUCUGAAGACUGGUCCAUGUCCACGUUGGUUUCCAUGCUCCCUAAAAUCAAAAGCAUUGGCAGCGUCAUGGGGAUAUCCAUCAAGGCGGCAGUGAUGCCCGGCUUUGCUGAGUUCGAAGCUUGGUCUAUUGAAUCAGAGAACACUAAGGCCAACGAGGAACCCGUGUGCCAGAGUGAAACUUUCUCAGAGAUCCUCGCCUGUUACCAGGUAUGCGACCAGUGCAGGUUGCUGAAUUCUACAGACGUGCCCUCCCUGCUGGAAACCUUCGAUAUUCAGUCUUCAUUCAAUGUCUACACUGCCAUGUACGCUGUUGCACACGCACUGCACCAGUUACUAGGCUGUGACUCUGGAGAGUGCCAAAAAAAACAGGUGCAUCCUUGGCAGCUCUUGCAACAGAUUAAACAGGUUAAUAUUUCCAUUCAUGACGCCCCGUUAUAUUUUGAUAAUAACGGAGAUCCCCCUACCGGCUAUGACAUAAUUGCGUGGGACUGGGUCGGUGACAGCGUAUCAUACAAGGUGAUCGGAUCAUACAGCCCCAACCCAGAGAGACUGCUAAUUAACAGAGACUUGAUUAACUGGAAUGCCAAGGACAAGAAGACAGUGCCCACCUCUCUCUGCUCUGCGGAAUGUUGGAAGGGGUACAAAAGAGUUGUGACUGGCGCUCACGUUUGCUGCUUCAACUGUGAGGCUUGUCCCGCAGGAACUUACGUGGAUAUAAACGAUCUUUUCAAUUGCAAGCCUUGUGAGAUACAUCAGUGGUCUUUGCCAGAGAGUGACGCCUGCCUCAACCGAACUGUAGAAUACCUCCCAUGGGAUGACAUCACUUCGGCAGUGCUGAUAAUCACCUCAGUCAUGACACUGCUUCUGACUGUAGCCACGGCAGGCCUUUUCCUGCUAAACCUGAACACCCCAGUGGUCAAAUCGGCGGGUGGAAAGACAUGCUUGCUCAUGUUGUCCUCCCUGGCGUGUGCGUCCUGCAGCGUGUACGGUCACUUUGGCAUCCCCACGGCCGUGGGUUGCGCAUUCCUCCGGGAACUGUUCUGCUUCAGCUUCACCAUCUGCCUCUCCUGUGUCGCCGUCAGGUCAUUUCAAAUCGUGUGCAUUUUUAAAAUGACUGGCAAGCUGCCAAAGGCUUAUGAGUUCUGGACCAAAAAUAACGGCCCACAUGUAUUUAUCUUAGUCUCUUCUGCCAUUGGGUUCUUUAUUUCACUUAUGCGCAUUGUCCUGGAUCGUCCUGUACCAAUUGAGAACUACAGCAUCUCUCCUGAUAAGAUCGUGUUGGAAUGCAGCGGGACCCAGUCUGUAGGCUCCGCUAUGGAGACAGGGUACGUGGGAUUGCUCAGCUUCUUGUGUUUUGCAUUUAGCUACAUGGGGAAAGAUUUGCCAGCGAACUACAAUGAAGCCAAGUGUGUCACGUUCAGCCUGUUACUAUAUUUAGUCUCUUGGCUUGGUUUCUAUACCACCUACGCAGUCUACAAAGGAAAGUAUACCCCAGCUUUUAACACCGUCGCUGUAUUGGCUAGCGUGUUGGGUAUACUCGGGGGUUAUUUCAUGCCCAAGUGUUAUAUUAUUCUGCUGAAACCUCAGCUUAAUACUGCAGCGCAUUUUCAGAAUUGCAUUCAAAUGUACACGACCAAGAAAAGUGAUCAUUAAUGCUAAAAUGUUACUGCAAGUAAUCUUUCUGUACUUUAAAAGCCAAUGGAAUUAAGACAGUACAUUUAAGGAUCCUGCUGUUAAUGGCAUUAUUUAUUUAGUUUAUAAUAAUGUUUAAAAUACUUGCAAGUUUAUUAUUAUUUAUUAUUAUCUCUGUAACACUUUAAAAUCAUAGCUGCAAGAUCAUAUGAUUAUCAAUAGAGCUUCAUAGGAUUGCAUAGAAGUAACAUAUGAAUAGCAAAUUUGUGUUUGUUAUUUUGUAAUGAUGUUUCUACUCUUGAAGAUAAAUACAUUUUUUUAAAAUUGCCAGAAAUUCAUAAUGAAUUCAAGUUGAACACCACAGCAGCAGCAGCUAAUGCCAUGGAAUUCAGUGGAAUGUGCAGUGAUUGUAUGAAAGUUUAAACAUUUGUUUAUUAUUAUCAAUUGUGGCUUGAUUUAGUUUCAACAAUAUAAAUAUCAUAAACAGCUAUAUUUUCCUUACUAAAUACUGAACGUAUGUUACUUGUAUAUCUGUUGUAACCCAGCUAUCUUUGUGUAUUCAUAUAUU